UGUUAUUCAAAUUAAAAGUCCUCCUAUGCAAUUUAAUAUACAUGGUCACCUUUUGUCAUUCGAUAACAUCCAUGGUUAGUCAACACAGAUUUAAGCUUCUCUUUUUUUUGAUUGCACAAGUAAAGGGCUUGGUUAUUUUUGUGUAUCAUCAUUGGUUGUUUCUGUAUAAUGCUAUGUGUGGCGCAGAGGUAUAAAAGUUCCUAAUCUGUAGUUCAGCUUCAACUUGAGGAGGAGGAACUGUUCAACUGAAAAGUUACAACCUCCACGGCUGCAUUCUUACACAUUUAUUGAAAACAGAACUUGAAAAAGGUAAGAAUAUCUUUAAAUAUCAUUGAUAAUAAAUAAAAGCAGUUUACCUUUGAUCUACUAACAUACUAAAGCGAUUUCCAUGUCUCCUUUUUUUUCAAAGGCACAGUAACCUUUAAUAUUUAAAUGUAUCCAGUCUAAGGUUUCAGAUUUCUAACAUGCAGUCUUUAUAUUAGAAAUAAAAGGCAGCACCCAAAGCGGUCAACAUUAAAAUAGUUUACUUGAAUUGAAAUGUUUAUUUUACUGCUCUGUGUGGUUCUGUUACAUUUUUCAUGUUUUUUACAGAUUUUUGUCACCAUUUUAUCAUCUGCUAACGUCUCUGGUUAGAGUAGGCUACACUCACAGGGAUAACAUGACACAUGAAAUCCUGGGCAUUCAGAGUCUGAAGCAGAAAGCCUGACUUAACAGGGAAAGUUGAUGACCACUAAUGAGAUACUCUUUAUCUCUAACUUAGACUUUAGGGUUUAUCAAGCAAGAAAAGCUUAACUUUGUUGAACUUCCUUAAUAUUGCACACCUCACUUUUAGAUGACUUGAUAAACUCACGUACCAAAUAAAAAUAAUAAUAAAACAUGAAGAGGUUUUAUUCCAUUAUAAAUGCUGUAUUUUGGGAUGGUGAUACUCAGUGUUCAGGAACUGCUUUCCACAACGUAUGUUUGUGUUCAUGUUUGCAUAUCAAAAUUUUCUGUUUGCCCUGCAGUUGAAAUGAAGAAGCCUGCUCUCCUCUCUGCAGCCCUGCUGCUGCUGUUUUUUGUUGGGACAUCAGCUCAGGGUAACACUAACUUCAGAGUGCAGGUGAAUGUGUUACCCAGUGACAUUAAGACCUACAACACUUCUACUGCUUAUAGAGGCAGCCUCUUCGGUGGACUGACGAGACUGAAAUACUCAAACCAAGGCUUCAACUUUCAGUACAUACCACACGAUGACUAUGGACCAUUCCUUCAGAGUGUAAAUGGUUUGGCAGGAAAUUCAUCACACUACUGGCAACUGCUGAGUGGUACAACCCCACUCAAUGUUGGUAUGGGAUGUUACCUUCCAACUGCAAAUGAAGUCGUCACCCUGAAAUACACGAAAAUUUAAGACCAUCUAAAGUCUUAUUAUGACUCAUGGUCAACCAAUACACUUUGAUCUUUGGCAAGUUGAGGUGAAUAAUUGACUUGUGUCAUUUUUUUGCUUGGGAGUCUUCUAAUCAUAAAUCAGUAGCCUAUCACUGGCUUAGAUUCUUUUACUGGGUUUCUGUCAGACUUUAUGAAUUAAGAUUACAGCGUUAAUCUACAAUUCUGCCACAGUGUAGUAAUCUGGAGUAAUAGAAAACUCCAUUAGUCACAAGAGCAGUCAGUAAAACAUAUACAACAACUUGAACUGUUUUUUAAUUUACUGCCUUUAUGGCAACUUUUAUUGUGUUUGAGAGCAAUUAGUAGUUUCUCAACUUGCCCCUGACUGCCAUAAUUUUACAUUCAAAUUCCAUAUUUGAUGCUUACAAGUGGUCUCAGUUUUACUGUAAAAGGAUGGUGUGGUUAUACAGUAGACUGCCCAGAGACUGCUGGCCAGCAAAAACAGCAGGGGGGGUCAGCUGCUGACUCCAUGUCAAAAUAGCUUCUUUAUCCUGCAAAUCAAGUUAUCAACAGCUUGCGAGUCAAAAGGCUUCUGAGAUUGACUGGGCUGCUGACCUCCCCUAUUUUUGAGCUUUUGGGGGUUUAUUAGAGUGGCAAAAUAAGAUCAAAUUCAUUGCUGAAUAAUUUUUGUAUGAGUGCAUUUUUAUUGUUGAAUAAAAUGUUACUGAUUAUUAGUGUUAUCUUCCUCAGGCAUUAAAUAAAGCAUGUAACUUGUAGUCAAAA